AUGGAUAGAAAAUCACAAAUCUUUGCGCCAACCAUUAGUGUAGGUGGUGUGAGGAAGCCUGUAAAGAAACAGAUAGGGGCGGAGUCUGGUACGAAUCUAAUGUUCAAGAAGGUAUGUGAUUCUAUGAAAAAUGAUUUAAAGCCUACUUUAGUCAAGAGUUUCUCAUACAAGUACGGCGAGGAUGUUUUCAACAUUAACGACGCAAAAAUCAAGUCGAUAGGAAAGAACAAGAAGCACGUGGCAUUUUUAAUUACUGGAAACCCUACCACGAUAGAUGAAAGGCAAGCAGUGAGAGAAUCCUCCUCAAGCGAAGGAGUUGGAGAGAAAACAGAGGAUACUGUUGAAUGA